AUGGUGCGAGUGGCGGUACAGGGAAUGGGGGAUGGGGGCUGCCCAAAUCGGACGAGAUGUUCGGAGGAGGUGGCAGCUGCGUCGGCAGAGGUGGAGGUGGCGAAAUGGGGGUUGGCGACAGAGGGCUGGGCGGCGGAGGCGAAGGCGACAGUGCAGGUGGUGGAAUGGAGGGUGGCGGAGGGCUGGGCCGCGGAGGCGGAGGCGACAGUGGAGGUGGCGGAGUUGGGGGUGGCGGAGGGCUCGGCCGCGGAGGCGGAGGCGGAGGCGAGUGCAGAGGGCUGGGCCGCAGAGGCGGAGGCGACAGUGCAGGUGGAGGAAUGGGGGGUGGCCGAGGGCUCGGCCGCGGAGGCGGAGGCGACAGUGCAGGUGGCGGAGUUGGGGAUGGCGGAGGGCUCGGCCGCGGAGGCGGAGGCGGAGGCGACAGUGCAGGUGGCGGAAUGGGGGGUGGCCGAGGGCUCGGCCGCGGAGGCGGAGGCGACAGUGGAGGUGGCGGAAUUGGGGGUGGCGCGGGGGGGCGCGGAGGCGACAGUGGAGGUGGCGGAGUUGGGGGUGGCGGAGGGCUCGGCCGCGGAGGCGGAGGCGACAGUGCAGGUGGCGGAAUGGGGGGUGGCCGAGGGCUCGGCCGCGGAGGCGGAGGCGACAGUGGAGGUGGCGGAGUUGGGGGUGGCAGAGGGCUGGGCCGCGGAGGCGGAGGCGACAGUGCAGGUGGAGGAAUGGGGGGUGGCCGAGGGCUCGGCCGCGGAGGCGGAGGCGACAGUGCAGGUGGCGGAGUUGGGGAUGGCGGAGGGCUCGGCCGCGGAGGCGGAGGCGACAGUGCAGGUGGCGGAAUGGGGGGUGGCCGAGGGCUCGGCCGCGGAGGCGGAGGCGACAGUGGAGGUGGCGGAAUGGGGGGUGGCGCGGGGGGGCGUGGCCUCGGCGGACUCGGCGGGCUCGGUGGGCCCGGUGGUGAACUCGGUGGGCGCCGCGGUCGGCGUGGCGGUGGCAUCGGACUCGGCGCCCAGGUUGCCCAAGACCCAGAGCUGGACGAAGGUGGACGCGGUGGCCUCGGCAGACUCGGUGGACUCGGUGGGCCCGGUGGUGAACUCGGUGGGCGCCGCGGUCGGCGUGGCGAUGGCAUCGGACUCGGUGGGUCCAGUGGUGGACUCGGUUGGCGCCGCGGUCGGCGUGGCGAUGGCAUCGGACACGGUGGCGGAAUGGGGGGUGGCCGAGGGCUCGGCCGCGGAGGCGGAGGCGACAGUGCAGGUGGCGGAAUGGGGGGUGGCCGAGGGCUCGGCCACGGAGGCGGAGGCGACAGUGCAGGUGGCGGAAUGGGGGGUGGCCGAGGGCUCGGCCGCGGAGGCGGAGGCGACAGUGCAGGUGGCGGAAUGGGGGGUGGCCGAGGGCUCGGCCGCGGAGGCGGAGGCGACAGUGCAGGUGGCGGAAUUGGGGGUGGCCGAGGGCUCGGCCGCGGAGGCGGAGGCGACAGUGCAGGUGGCGGAAUGGGGGGUGGCCGAGGGCUCGGCCGCGGAGGCGGAGGCGACAGUGGAGGUGGCGGAAUUGGGGGUGGCGGAGGGCUCGGCCGCGGAGGCGGAGGCGACAGUGCAGGUGGCGGAAUGGGGGGUGGCGGAGGGCUCGGCCGCGGAGGCGGAGGCGACAGUGGAGGUGGCGGAAUGGGGGGUGGCACGGGGGGGCGUGGACGCGGUGGCCUCGGCGGACUCGGCGGGCUCGGUGGGCCCGGUGGUGAACUCGGUGGGCGCCGCGGUCGGCGUGGCGGUGGCAUCGGACUCGGUUGCCCAAGAUCCAGAGCUGGACGAAGUCCUGCCAAGGAACAAGUACACUGGCACCGGGCACAUGCCUGCGACAUAUCCACCAAGGGACGUGUCGCUGGCAGCUCUUCCCAGCCGCCGUCCAAAUCGACCAUCGGAGCCCACACCCCGCGGGGUGCUGCAGCCGGGUGGGACACGGUCAG